GCAGCUUCUGGAAUGGCUGUGGAUGAUGCAUGUAAGUUGAAGUUCUUGGAGCUAAAAGCAAAGAGGAACCACCGAUACAUUAUUUUCAAGAUCGAAGAGCAGCAAGUGAUCGUUGACAAGGUUGGAAGUCCUGACGCGAGCUAUGAAGAGUUCACAAACUCUCUUCCUAGCAAUGAAUGUCGCUAUGCUGUCUUUGACUUUGACUUUACAACUGAUGAGAAUUGUCAGAAAAGCAAGAUUUUCUUCAUUGCUUGGGCACCAGAUACAUCAAAGGUGAGAGCAAAGAUGGUGUAUGCAAGCUCUAAGGACAGAUUCAAGAGAGAAUUGGACGGAAUCCAAGUCGAGUUGCAAGCCACGGACCCAAGUGAAAUGAGCUUCGACAUCGUAAAAUCACGAGCAAUCUAAUCGAGUUGCAAGCUACGAACCACUGCACAAUGUUGUUAUUAAUGCCUUUUCUUUUACGGCCAGUCUUCUUUGUUUCUUUAUUUAUUUCGCUCAUUACACUGAUU